GCACGAGCUGUCAGACCCCCCGCUACUCACACCGCUCUUCACGAGCCUCUUCCGUGUACAUAGAAUAAUGCACUGUUUUUAAACUUUGGACAUGUCAUCUGCGAACCCCUUCCGCGCAUCCCCCCCGCCCAGCAAUGCUCCUUUUGUGGCUGUUCCGCAGGCUUCCUUGAGCACUCCAGAUAGCACGCCCGAGGCCCGUGAGGAUGGGCGUUUUGUGCUCGACGACACCAUCUCGCUGCCGCCCCGGACCAAGAAGCAUGUCCGCAUAGAGUCCUCGACCGUCUUCAUCCCUCCGCAGUCAAAUAUCGACAGCCCAGACAUGACUGCCUACGCUGCUCUAACCCCGCCACUGGGCGCAACUCACUCGAUGACCUCGCCGUUUCCGACAUACCCUGCUGGCUGGUCCGACGAGCGUAUACAGGCUGCACAAGAUGCACGGGUGAGCUCGUGGUCAAGCCCCGGAGCGUCGCAGCCGACACCUUAUCCAAGUGGAGUGCCGGCGAAUCCGUUUUCCCGCACGUUGGCCACGAUUGAGCCACAAGAGCAGGAGGGAGUGGUGGAGCGGACCGCGGCGGAAGGGGCGGUCCAGAGCAACAACAGAGCCUCGCUGGAUGUGGAAAGCUUCAAGAACCUCCUUCUCACGGGCAGGCCGAGUGCCCGUCCGUCUGCCCAGUCACCGAAGACUGCUGCAUCCACCAUCUCGAGCGCCCCCAUAUUCGAGAGCAGCAGUAGCACCGACACAUCUAUAUCACGGCAAUCAUUAUUCGACCACUCAUACGAAGCGCACGCUGAGUCGCCGCGUACAUCGUACGAGAUGGCCGCUUCAGACGAGGACGAGAGGAAUCGUCUGGUGUCAGAAGUGAGGAAAGAGAAGAAGCAGCCGCCGCCUGCGCCGAAGCCUCGCCAUGGCAAGCCUGUAGCACCGCGACAACCGCAGACGGUGUCGUUCGACGAUUUUGCUGUGAACGUGCCCGCACCAGCUCCUGUGUCGAGGCAGAACAGCUUCGACACGAACAAGCCGCUUCCUCCCACGCCUGUUGCAUCGCAGCCGCCUCUUCACAUUACUACACAGGACAGCACACAACACCAACCGGCGCCUGUGGAGCUCAGACUCAGCGAUACGCCGAGUACGUCGGAUGUUUUGCACUCCCAGAAGAGGGCUCCACCGCCUGUGCCUCUGGCUCGUCGACAGAGCCAGCUUCGGAGCUCUGUGACGAGCAAUAGAUCACGCAGCAGCUCGAGCAUCACCAUGUCGUCACAAGUCUCAAUCGACGCUGUUCUUCCAAGCCCUUCCGCAAGCAUCAACGAUCCAAUGUCGAGUAUCAAAUCACCGCCUCCUCCACCACCUCGCAGACACGGAGCUCGACUGGCAAACAUGGACACAUCCAGCGCAAACUCGUCGACAACAGAGCUACCCCAGCGCUCCACCUCAGUCCGCACAACAGCAUCCUCACAGGGCCCUUCGUCCUCGCGCAGGAGCACGAUAGAUUCAGAACCAGCUCCUUCUGUGUCUGGCGUUAACCGCACAUCAUCCAUAUCAUCAACACGCAACCCAACACGAACCACAUCAGGCGAGAGCACAGGAAGCACGAUGCAAUCUCCGCCACCACUUCCCCCGCCCCGGCGCCGUCAGUCCAAUCGCUCUAGCCUCGACCAACAGCGCCCCCACGUACCCUCGUCUCCCACAGAGAGUCGUCGAACCAGCAUGGAGAACAGGAGGACCAGUGUCGAAAGCAAGAGGCGCACAAGCGGCGCAAGUGAGAGCUCAUUGAGACAUGUAUAUGCGCCCGCGGACGAGAAAUUUACAAGCAACGACUACGCGCUGUAUUCGCCGAGAGAAGAGGUAGAAAACAUUCUGGGUGCGGGCGUUGCGCAGGAUGAGGGGAGGAAAGACUCGACCAGUAUUUUGGACGAUAUGGAGAGGUUUCAGAGGGAGAUUGAUGAGCUGAGGGCUAAGUUUACUCAGGCGGGGUAGUGCGUCGCUUGAUUCUUGUCCAUGCUGGUGUGGAUGAAUAGGCCGUACGACGAGGUGGGAUUGUGGGCGGCGUUUUGCUCUGCAUCAUGUGCAAGAGGGGAGGUUGGCAUUGUUGGCUUUUCUACGCGGGGCUGUUUGCAUUACGAUUCACAUUUCUAGGUCGAAUAUCGAAUUCAUGUCCUGCGCGUCUGGUCUAUCAUUUACCGUCUUCAAUGUGUUGUGGAGAUUCUGUAAAGUUUGCUAUCUUGAAGUAACGGGGCAGCAAGGACAAACGGUGAUACAUCGACGUACACAACAUCUUCAAACGCCCAA